AUGGCCCGCGAAACCCGCAGCAAGGCCAAAUCACAAGAGAAGGGCGCUGAGCCGGCCCAGGCAGGUCAGGACACAGGCCGGCCAAAACAGCAAGCUCAAGGCUCCAAGAAGCCCGUGCCAAAGAAGCGCGGUGCAGACGAGCAGGUGACCGAGCCAGAGACAGAGCCGGCACCAAAGAAGAGGGGAAAGAAGAGACAGAAGGUGGAUGUUGACGCCGCUGUGGAUGAGGAGAACAGCAAGGGGCGUGAUAAAGUCGAUGCGGCCCCAGAUAGUCCAGAGGAUGCUCAGUCAAAAGAGCUCCCUGACGACGAGGAUGCCGUUGGCGACGAAGUCGUCCAUGAUCCGGAGGGAGAGGCCUUGGAAGAUGUCCUGGGCAAAGAAGGCGACGACGACGACGACGACGACGACGCUGAUUACCAGCCACCAGCCUCGCCGCAGACGGCUUCGAAGGACAAGGUGGUGGUCAAGAAGCCUCAGCCCGUGGAAAAGAAGGCUGGUCAGCGUCGAUCAGUAAAGUUGAAGCACGACCCGGAUGCGUACAAGCAUCUUAACCUUGGGCCGAAAGAGGCACCAAAGUUCACCGAGCAGAAGCGGGCUCUCUACCUGCAAGUGUUUGAGGACCGCACGCGGCACAUCAUCAAGGAGCGACACGAUGCUGCCAAUGAUAAAAGUGUCCCUAAUUCGCCGGACUUCCCAAUGGGGAAGAAGAUGAGAGAUGCAUGGUGUAGCAUGACCCAGCAGCAAAUAUGGGAAGAGAUUCGCGAUGCCACCACUGAAGACGUAAGGGCCGUCAUGGGUGGUAGCGUCCUCCGCGAGUGCGAGUUUACCGACUUGCCUGCCCCGACAAGUCAGGAAUUGGACUCCUGGCUGAUAUAUGCCGACCUGGUGCGGGACCCCCAGAAGUGCUCUUUUAUGUAUACUGGCAGUGGUACUGCUGGAGAAGAACUGGGCCAUGGCGGCGACCGUACUCGAGGGUAUAACAACGUCAAGCGCCGCGCCGAUAGAGGAGAAGACGUCACGUCGAAGACGUCCAAGAGUGCCCAUUUGCUAAAGGGCACGACGGAAGGAAACACAAUGGAUCUGAGGGUCCUUUCGACGUGGAAUCCCAGGUCCAAGAGAACCCGUCUUGUCGUCGUCCUGAUGGCUGAGGGCAUCUGGAUAGACUUCCUUGAGUCUUAUGACAGGACAUACAAAGGGUCUGGGUCAAACCCCUGCCAUACUGCAGACAUGCUCGAGGCAUCCAGGCACGCGGUGCCAAAAGAGGUGUUUCCGUGGCAGGGUCUAAAUCACGCCAGCCCGUUCCGACAAGGCGUUCGUGGUGAUUCUUCCAUUGCUCGAUGGGUUCGCGCCAAUGGUGAAAACUGCUGGUGCUGCGAGCAGCAUGUGCCAGUGGAGCGAAAGGCUAGAAGGAUCAACUGGUACGGCACACCAGAUUCCAUGGAGAAGCCGGAUACUUGUGUGUGUGAAGGAUGUUACACAUUUUGGAGGACAUAUCGAGAGGCUUGUCUCGCCGGCGAGACAAGCCUCAGCCGUGAGGACGCCAUCGCAAGACGUCGCAAACUUGCGAAGAUGACCCCCAGGGAAAGGGGACAGUUUCUCGCGACUGAGAGGACUGGCGUGAGUCCAGAGGAAAAGUUCGAGCAGCUGCAGCACCAGGAUUUCAAGUGCCCCCUUUGCCAGCAUCGACAGGUCAGUGAUCGCUGGUAUACAGAUGCUGAGACCGGCGCCGAUCCGGACAAGGUUACGUGGGUAGCGAACCCUGUCCUUUCGAUGAGAUCUGAGGUUCUGGCAACUGUCAAAGACGAGUACAAGUCAGUGGCCUUGGCAUGCGAGCCUUGUCGUACCAGCUUGGAGAAGGUUGCACCUUAUCCUCAACUUACCGAGAAGGACUUCAGCGAUUUUGCUCUCCACCGAGAGAACGUAUCGCGUGUCAGGCAGGAGAUAGCCAAAGAGAAGGGCGUGAAACCUAGCGAGGUUAACGCGCGAGAGAUAAGCAAGUGGCCGGUCACCAAGGUGAUUCUGGAGUGGGCUAGGGACCACGACUGGCGAUGCGCUUGUUGCAAGGUGCAGAUGGUUUGGAACUGGGAUGUUCCGUUGUCGAGGUUAUUUCGUGUACACGAUGGCUCCAAAUUGGGGUUUGCGGGUUCGGUGGAGACGUAUAUCUGCGGAGGCUGCGAGGCAGCCUUGGGCAACUUCAAGGCCAGGAAGAAGUCGAGCCAGUUCAAUGCUUCGGAGUUCAUUAAGGCGCGUCGCCUGAGAAUCGGCACUUUGGACGACUUCCCACAGGAAUGCCCUAACGCGCGACCGUUGUGUCGUGGAUGCGUGCCAGGCGCAACCGUUGUGUUGUUGAUGCCUGGUCUUAGGAGGAUAACAAGGUGCGUGUGGUGGGAUAGUUCCGAGCGGGCGAACACGACCAAGAAUCGCCCGACAACUCCAAGACGCCCAUCGCCCGCCGACGGUCUCCAUUCAACAGCGUCGCCACGGCAGGGCGAACACGACCAAGAAUCUCAACCACCACCCUGUCUGCUGUUGUUCUUAUCGGAAAUGCUUCAGAGAUCAACUGGCCGAAGUCCGGAGAUGCGAGGAAGGGAUCUUGACGGCAUUGCACGUCGACGAUGUCGCACAAGAUCGCCAGAGAACUCCAGAACGCAAGAUGCUUUGGAUGCCCUGGAUGCCCAACCAGGGCAAAGCAGAUGUCAGCUUGAACCAAGAAAGCGCAAAGCGAGAGCCGGUUGCCGGGUCAACAGAGGCCACAACAUCAAACACGGAACUUGCGAACAUGACAAGAUCGAACCUACCUCCUACGAUACCAGGAACUCCAACGUCGUUACCCAUCACAAAUACACGCUGGGGAUACGACGAGGCGAGACUACAAGCAAUGGCGUCUUCGCGUCGCUCGAAUCGACACCAUUUGAUGCGAUUCUACAUUCGUCGAGAUGUGCAAAGGUUCGACGUACCUCUGAUCAGGGCGAGGUCUUACGCAAGCAGAUCGAGCUCGUCAUCCGGCAACACCAGGUCUGUGACAAGUCCUUCACCGAGUACACAACGCUCUACGAGAAGCGCACUACCAAGAGAGCUCACCCGACCAUCGACACCCAUCAUCCGCCACCCCCAUGGUUAUCGCCAGCGUCGCAAAGCCAUUCAACGACCCUCCACCGCGCCAGCAAUCUCGUAUCAACAAAGAUACCACUGGCCAGUCAACCCGUCAUACAAAUUGACGGAAACGCCCCAAUGCUGAGAGUUCUACUCGAAACUCUUCCCUCAACAACGCACCGCACCUCAAGAAUGAUGGGCGUCUGGGGCCUCGGACUCUUCGAGUCUGAUCAUGACUUCGAUAUUAUCGACGACCUGAACAGCGAGGCCGGACUGGACAAGCUCUAG